GGCGGGGGCGUGGUCUAACGCCGUGACGAGUUAACCGGGAGCGGGAGCGGGAGCGUCAAGGCCCAGCGGCGACAUCAUUAACGUCCAUUACACACCCAAAAUUCAUUCAUUCGGCCAAUUAUCACUUCUCCCAAUCGGGCACCCCGCCCCAGCAUCCUCUUCACUGUUUCUUCUAGCUCGGGGCUCAACUCUAAAUUGCAAUUACUCAUCGCAAUUUCUCAACUCAAUUAGCUUUAAAAAAAGAAAAAAUCGCAGGCAAUUUCGAGCAGAGUUGAAUCUAAUAUUGUUCUCUCUGUCUCUCUUCUGUUCAUUUAGAAAUAUGGGACAGCCUUCGGUGCCGCCUCUUCCAAUCGCCCCUCCACCUCCUCCCUCCGCCGCCGCCGCCGCAGCUCCCAACGACGGAAGAGUUGCGGGUUGCCAAGUUCGGUGUGCUGGUUGCAAGAUGAUAUUGACGGUCGGACCCGGACUGACCGAGUUUAUGUGCCCCACAUGUCAAUUGCCACAGAUGCUCCCUCCCGAGCUCAUGCCCGCCCACGCUCAGCAACUGCGCAGCGGCGCUCCAGCACAUGGCAUCGAUCCCACCAAGAUCCAGUUACCCUGUGCUCAUUGCAAGGCCAUACUUAACGUUCCCCAUGGCCUCACACGCUUCUCUUGUCCCCAGUGUGCGGUGGACCUUGCUGUUGAUCUCUCCAAAAUAAAGCAGUUCUUUCCCUCUCCACCCAUUCCUGCUCACCUGCGUCCACCACCUCCUCCCCCGCCUCCCGAAGAAGUCAAUGAGGUUGCUAUUGAAGUGGAACGAGAAGAAGAGGAAGGUGGAUUGGUUGGUGAAACUUUUACAGACUAUCGGCCUCCCAAGUUAUCUAUUGGACCUCCUCAUCCAGAUCCUGUUGUGGAGACGUCCUCCUUGUCUGCAGUACAGCCACCUGAACCCACCUAUGAUCUCAAGAUCAAAGAUGAGCUGGAAAGCUCAAAAGCAUUAUCCUGCUUGCAGAUUGAGACAUUGGUGUAUGCUUGUCAGAGGCAUCAUCAGCAUCUCCCAAACGGCGAUAGGGCAGGAUUUUUUGUAGGUGAUGGUGCUGGUGUGGGAAAAGGAAGAACAAUUGCUGGUUUGAUAUGGGAAAAUUGGCACCAUGGCAGAAGGAAAGCUUUGUGGAUUUCUGUUGGUUCUGAUUUGAAAUUUGAUGCAAGAAGAGAUUUGGAUGAUGUUGGUGCAAUGUGUAUUGAAGUGCAUGCAUUGAACAAACUACCUUACUCUAAGCUUGAUUCGAAGUCUGUAGGCGUUAGGGAGGGAAUUGUUUUCUUGACAUACAGCAGCCUUAUAGCAUCCUCUGAGAAAGGCCGUUCUCGUUUACAGCAGCUUGUACAGUGGUGUGGGCCAGAAAAUGAUGGUCUCAUCAUAUUUGACGAGUGUCAUAAAGCCAAGAAUUUGGUCCCAGAAGCUGGAGGUCAGCCAACUCGAACAGGUGAAGCUGUUCUUGAAAUUCAGGCUCGGCUUCCUCAAGCUCGUGUUAUAUAUUGCUCAGCAACUGGUGCAUCAGAACCUCGCAAUAUGGGUUACAUGGUUCGCCUUGGUCUUUGGGGAGCUGGAACAGCUUUCACCAAUUUCCGUGACUUCUUAGGUGCUAUGGAGAAAGGUGGUGUUGGGGCACUUGAACUUGUUGCCAUGGACAUGAAAGCAAGGGGUAUGUAUGUUUGUCGUACUCUGAGCUACAAAGGUGUUGAAUUUGAAGUGGUUGAAGUACCACUAGAGCCCAAGAUGAUGGAAAUGUAUAAAAAAGCGGCAGAGUUCUGGGCUGAAUUAAGAGUAGAAUUGCUUUCAGCCAGUACAUUUGUCACUGACACUAAACCCAAUUAUAGUCAGCUUUGGAGACUCUACUGGGCCAACCAUCAGCGUUUCUUUAGACACAUCUGCAUGUCAGCUAAGGUGCCUGCAGUAGUUAGACUUGCUAAGCAAGCUUUGACGGAAAAUAAAUGUGUAGUUAUAGGCCUGCAAAGUACUGGAGAAGCGCGAACUGAGGAAGCUGUAUCAAAAUAUGGUCUUGAACUUGAUGAUUUUAUUUCUGGACCUCGUGAAUUGUUACUAAAAUUGGUUGAAGAGAAUUAUCCUUUGCCUGAAAAGCCUGAAGAACUUCCAGAGGAAAGUGUGAAAGAGCUUCAACGAAAGAGACAUUUGGCAACACCUGAUGUAUCAUUUCGAGGCCGUGUGAGGAAAGUUGCUAAGUGGCAGACUACAAGAGAUGACAAAAGUGAUGAAGAGUCAGAAAUUGAUUCUGAAUAUGAAUCUACUGAGUCUGAUGAUGAUGAAUUUCAGAUUUGUGAUAUUUGCAAUUUAGAAGAGGAAAGGAAGAAGUUGUUGCAGUGUUCAUGUUGCAGUCAACUUGUCCAUACCGCAUGUGUAGUUCCACCUGUUAUAGGUGCUGUGUCUGGGGAUUGGUCCUGCCCUACAUGCAAGGAAAAAACAGAUGAAUACAUCCAAGCGAGGCAUGCAUAUGUUGCUGAACUUUCUAAAAGGUAUGAAGGAGCUGUUGGCCGAAAAUUAAAAAUUUUGGAUAUAAUUCGUUCACUGGACCUCCCUAACAAUCCAUUGGAUGAUAUUAUUGAUCAGCUUGGAGGUCCUGACGAAGUUGCAGAGAUUACAGGGAGGCGAGGCAUGCUUGUUAGGACGUCUGGUGGAAAGGGUGUUUCCUAUCAGGCACGAAACACGAAAGAUGUAACAAUGGAAAUGGUCAAUAUGCAUGAGAAGCAGCUAUUCAUGGAUGGCAAAAAGCUCAUAGCUAUUAUUUCUGAAGCUGGGUCAGCUGGUGUUUCUUUGCAAGCUGAUAGAAGGGCAUUAAAUCAGAGAAGAAGAGUUCACUUAACUCUGGAGUUGCCUUGGAGUGCUGACCGAGCAAUCCAGCAGUUUGGCAGGACUCAUAGAUCAAAUCAAGCUUCGGCACCUGAGUACAGACUGCUUUUUACAAAUCUUGGUGGUGAACGGCGGUUUGCAUCAAUUGUUGCUAAGCGUUUGGAGUCACUUGGGGCACUUACACAAGGAGACCGUAGGGCUGGACCAUCCUUAAGUGCUUAUAAUUAUGAUAGUGCCUUCGGAAAAAGAGCCCUGAUGAUGCUAUACAGAGGAAUCAUGGAGCUAGAGUCUUUGCCUGUUGUUCCACCAGGAUGUUCAGCUGAUAAACAAGAGGAAACACAGGAUUUCAUUGUAAAGGGGAAAGCUGCUCUUGUUUCUGUUGGAAUAAUAAGAGACUCAGUGCUUGGUAGUGGGAAGGACUCUGGAAAGAUUUCUGGACGUAUAGUUGAUUCAGACAUGCAUGAUGUUGGACGUUUUCUUAAUCGGCUGUUAGGGCUGCCACCUGAAAUACAGAAUAGGCUCUUUGAGUUAUUUGUCAGCAUUCUAGAUCUUAUUGUUCAGAAUGCCCGGAUGGAAGGAAAUUUAGACUCUGGGAUUGUUGAUAUGAAAGCCAACACUGUUGAACUACGAGGAAAUCCUAAGACUGUUCAUGUUGACAGUUUGUCUGGGGCAUCGACCAUAUUGUUUACUUUUACACUGGACCGUGGAUUCAGUUGGGAGUCUGCUUCUGCAUUGCUUGAAGAAAAGCAGAAAGAUGAGUCGGGUUCAACUUUUAUUGGAUUCUAUGAAUCUAAGAGAGAAUGGUUGGGAAGGCGACACUUUUUGUUGGCACUAGAGGGUUCAUUUUCUGGAAUGUACAAGCUAUUCCGUCCUACUCUGGGAGAAUCCCUUCGGGAGAUGCCUCUUUCUGAGUUGCAAGAAAAAUACAGGAAAAUAUCUAAAUUAGAAAAGGCUCGUAGUGGCUGGGAUGAUGAAUAUGAAGUUUCAUCGAAGCAGUGCAUGCAUGGCCCGAAUUGUAAGUUGGGCAAUUUCUGUACGGUUGGCAGACGAUUACAGGAAGUGAAUGUCUUGGGUGGCCUUGUACUUCCAGUGUGGGGAACAAUUGAGAAGGCUCUUUCCAAGCAGGCUCGCCAAAGCCAUAGACGUAUUCGUGUUGUUCGGAUUGAGACCACAACAGACAAUCAACGGAUUGUUGGUUUACUAAUUCCAAAUGCUGCUGUUGAAUCUGUACUCCAAGAUUUGGCAUGGGUACACGACAUUGAUGAUUGAGGUGGAACACCAAAUCGUGUGCUACACACUGCCGUAUUAGGAAGAAUUGGUUUGCAGUUGCUUAAAUAGCUGAACUGUUGUCUGCUGAUAUCUAAUUAGCUUGGAAUCCAGCGAAUGGCGUUGGGGUUGCUGAUUCAUGAUUAUUGAUAUCCUAUUUUUUGGGGCCCAUUUUUGACUUUCCUUUUGUAAAUCAUAUACAUGCCAUCAACUAUACAAGCUUAUUGUGAUAGAAAAUAUUGUCCUUUUGAAGAUUUGGACAAUUAACGGCAUUUAUUCUCAUUUUCCAUGGAAUUGUGCAAAUAGUUAUUAAUAUUUUCAGUCCUAUUAGCCGCUCUUUGGAAGUCAUGACAAA